AUGAAAUUAUUAAAACAAGAAGAAGAUAUGAAAACACAUGAAGGUAGUUUAAUUAAAGAAAGUAGAAGUGAAGGUCUAUUAUUCUUUAGAACAAAAAAUGAAUAUAAAGAUUUUUAUGUUAUUCAACAAGGAAUUUUACUUUCAUUUUUAAAUAGUUAUUGUUUAAUUAAAAUUAAAAAACAAAAGAAACAAGCACUUGUUACUUCAGCCUAUCCUAUUGUUACUCAAUUAGAUUUUGGUAAUGAAGAAAUUGAUGUUCAAGAAUUAGCUGAUUCUAUUUGUAGACCAAUUUAUGAAGAUGAGUGUAAGUUAGUUAAUAAGAAACAAACUGCAAUGAGAAGGUUUGAAAAGAAUAAAAAAGUAUUUGUUCAACAUCUUCUUAUUGAUAUGUUAACUGAAAAAGGUUUUUAUUUUGAAUCAAAAUUAGCUAGAAAAACUAAUAAAACAUUUAGACUUGAACGAAUUGAAAAAAUUUAUUAUGGAGGUCGUUUAAUUAUGAAUUUUAAUGAUUUCUUAGAAAGGGGAUAUGCUGUUAAUUCAUACCUUAAUUCUCAAUUCAAAGAUAGUUCUUCUGCUAUCAUCCCAAAACAAUCAAAAGGUCUAAGUGAUCUUAUUUUAAAAGAAAAUCUUUAUAGCCAACCAAUUUUUAAUUAG